AUGGCAGAAGGUGAUGGGAUUGAGGGGGUUGGGCGGUUCUUGGCAUUUCAUCCGAAAGGUGGGCUCUCCAAGCCUCUUAGUGAUACCUCAGACCCACUCCAGCCAGUGGAAUCAAAUGUCUUUCAUGGAUCUGGAGUAUGCAAAUGGUUCAACGUUAGAAUGGGCUUUGGCUUCCUUACAAUGACCAAGAAAGAAGACGUUGAUCUGGAGACUCCUGUAGAUGUCUUUGUGCAUCAGAGUAAACUGCACAUGGAAGGUUUCCGCAGUCUAAAGGAGGGAGAAUGUGUGGAAUUCACUUUCAAGAAAUCUUCAAAGGGCUUGGAAUCCACACGAGUGACAGGACCAGAGGGUGCUCCUUGUAUAGGAAGUGAGAGGAGACCCAAAGUAAAGGGGCAACAGAAAAGAAAGUCAAAGGGGGACAGAUGCUAUAACUGUGGAGGGCUGGAUCAUCAUGCCAAAGAGUGUAAUUUGCCACCUCAACCCAAGAAAUGCCACUUCUGCCAGAGUACAAGCCAUAUGGUGGCUCAGUGCCCAGUGAAAGUGGCACAGCCUGCCAGUUUACAAGAGAAACCUGCCAUUGAUGAGUCAAGCCCAGCAACUACAGAGUAGCUGGAAAGCUUUAAGCCAAAUUUACACUAUUUGCUUUGUCUUCCUGCACAACUAUCAUCUCAUAUGUAACAAGUAAUACAAGAUGGAUAUGGCUUAUACUUAAUGUAACAUAAGGGAGUUUGAUAUUGCUGUUUGGCAAUGUUAGACAAUCUACAACACAAAGCACAGAAAUAGUGUAAACUUGGCAUAGCAUCAGGAGCAGAACUGGGGCUGAGCAAUAGUCUUAGAGUGGGACAGAAAAAUCGAAAUUCUUGUAAAAUGUUUCAAGUUGU